UUUCGUAGUACUGUCCCUUCGUCUCCCCAUCUUCUAUAGUGUCCACCUAUUGUCACCCUUGCCUUUAAGAGCAUAUAAUCGUUUCCCUUGCCUUCUAUUGUCUCCCUUCUCUUCUGCGUGUCUCUAUAGGCGUUCAUGUUGCGACGCUUCUCUCCCCUGCACUUCAGCGCGGCUACCCAAUUGUACAAUCCGCCAUUACAAGAUGCUCACCAUCUGUGCUAUAAAUAGCUAACCAAUGCAAACUGCUCCGGUGUUAGUUGUAAAACAUUUAUUUUGAAUCUCUUGGACUAACUGGGCGAGAUGGGCUCACUUUCGCGCCCCAGUCUGGUCUUUGUGGCAGUGGCGUUUCUUGUACUAACCUUUGACGCCAACUCUGCGCAUGCCCAGUCAAAUAGCAGACGUUGCAAUAGUUGUAUAGUUAAUGGUGAAACACAUGAAGGGCAUUCCAGGUUCCAGUACCAAGAAGGAUGUUUUAAAUAUCGAUGUCUGUGUUAUUGUAAUGGUACCUGGGAGUGUCCAGCCCAGCAUACUUUAAACACUUGCGAUCCAAAUAAAAACAAUGGGAACACUGAAGCGUCGUCUGAAGACUCUUCCAGAGAAGGGCGUUGUAAAUCCUGUCAGGUGGCUGGCCAGAAGCAUUUGGGCAAUAGCUUUUUUACACACGUGGACGGCUGUGUCACCUACGAUCGAUGCGUCUGCUACUGUAAUGGAACUUGGGUGUGCCCCGCUUCUAGGGCUAGGAACACAUGCAAUGAUGGAAAUUCCGCAGGCAGCAACACGGAGAGAGAAGAUGAGUCCAGAAGACUUUCAGUUGAGUCCAGAAGACCAGAAGAUAGACAGCGGUCAGACUGCUAUGGUUGCAAGAUUAAAGAAAAGGAAUUUCGAGGCAACAGUUAUUUCCAACUGGAAGAAGAAUGUUGGAGGUUUAAGUAUUGUUUUUGUCAUUGCAACGGCACCUGGAACUGUCCUCAGAAAUAUUCGGAGAAUGUAUGCGAAGAUAACGAGGAAACCAAGCAGCCAUCUGACUGCAGAAGUUGCUCAGUGAAAGGGAAAACAUUCGAGGGAAACUCGGCCUUUGAGAUGACCAGCAACUGUAUUCAUUACAAAAACUGCCAAUGCAACUGUGAUGGAUCAUGGACUUGUCCAGAGUCAGGGGCCAGAAGAGUUUGCGAAAGAGAUAGCACUAUUGGUGAAUCCGACAGCAGUCCCAGCUGUAGAACUUGCGAUGUCAAAGGCAAGCAGUAUCCAGGAAAUAAACCAUUUGAAUUCACUGAUGGCUGUAUUGAAUAUAAAAACUGCAUCUGCAAUUGCGAUGGUUCAUGGAACUGUCCAGAUUCAGGUGCUAAAAAUAUCUGCGCCAGAGAAGCUACAGACUCCUCAGCAUCUGAAGAUAGGUGUCGAAAAUGUGAAGUAAGGGGCAAGCAGUAUCCAGGAAAUAGACCAUUUGAAUUCACUGAAGGCUGUAUUGAAUAUAAAAACUGCAUCUGCAACUGCGAUGGUUCAUGGAACUGUCCAGAUUCGGAUGCUAAAAAUAUCUGCGCCAGAGAAGCUACAGACUCCUCAGCAUCUGAAGAUAGGUGUCGAAAAUGUGAAGUAAGGGGCAAGCAGUAUCCAGGAAAUAGACCAUUUGAAUUCACUGAUGGCUGUAUUGAAUAUAAAAACUGCAUCUGCAACUGCGAUGGUUCAUGGAACUGUCCAGAUUCGGGUGCUAAAAAUAUCUGCGCCAGAGAAGCUACAGACUCCUCAGCAUCUGAAGAUAGGUGUCGAAAAUGCGAAGUAAGGGGCAAGCAGUAUCCAGGAAAUAGACCAUUUGAAUUCACUGAUGGCUGUAUUGAAUAUAAAAACUGCAUCUGCAACUGCGAUGGUUCAUGGAACUGUCCAGAUUCGGGUGCUAAAAAUAUCUGCGCCAGAGAAGCUACAGACUCCUCAGCAUCUGAAGAUAGGUGUCGAAGAUGUGAGGUAAGGGGCAAGCAGUAUCCAGGAAAUAAACCAUUUGAAUUCACUGAAGGCUGUAUUGAAUAUAAAAACUGCAUCUGCAACUGCGAUGGUUCAUGGAACUGUCCAGAUUCAGGUGCUAAAAAUAUCUGCGCCAGAGAAGCUACAGACUCCUCAGCAUCUGAAGAUAGGUGUCGAAAAUGUGAAGUAAGGGGCAAGCAGUAUCCAGGAAAUAGACCAUUUGAAUUCACUGAAGGCUGUAUUGAAUAUAAAAGCUGCAUCUGCAACUGCGAUGGUUCAUGGAACUGUCCAGAUUCAGGUGCUAAAAAUAUCUGCAAGGAGGAGAAUAAACGACCUGCAUCGAAUUCAUGCAAAAAAUGUAAUGUCAAAGGUCAAGAGUUUCCCGACAAUGAUUAUUUUGAUUACAAGGAUGGUUGUACGGAAUACAGAAACUGUAUUUGCAACUGUGAUGGUUCAUGGGCGUGUCCACCCAAUGCAGCGAAGAAUGUAUGUGAGCCUACAGAAGUUGCAUGUAAAACCUGCGAGGUAUACGGCAUGACAUUCCCUGGCAACGACUACUUUAAUGUCAAGCAAGGUUGCUAUGACUACAGAAACUGCAUUUGCUAUUGUAACGGUUCGUGGAUCUGCCCAGAGAACUCUGCUAGAUACACUUGCAGCUCACAAGCUCCAACCAGGCAGCCGACCACGGUUGCCCCAAGGCAACCAGCAGCCCAGUGCAGCACAUGCAGCGUGUACGGCCAAAGAUUUAGGGGCAACAGUAAAUUUGAAGUUACCAGUGGUUGCGUAAAUUACCGAAACUGUGUGUGCAGGUGUGACGGUUCCUGGCAGUGCCCUUCUUCGUCCGCCAUCAACAUCUGCACAGCAGAAGCGAGGACUGAAACCACCCCGAGGCCAACAGCAAGCAACCAAUGCCAGAUGUGCAAUGCCAAAAAUAAGCUGGUGAAAGGCAACGAAUAUUUUGAUCUCCGAGACGGCUGCAAAGAAUACAAACACUGUUUCUGUCGGUGCGACGGCUCGUGGCAGUGUCCCCCGCAGUAUGCGAGAAAUAUUUGUCAAGGCUCAACCCAAGUAGAAGGAGAGUCCAACUGUCGAAGUUGUCAAGCCAAAGGCAAAAUCGUGAAGGGGAACUCGUACUUCAAUCUGACGGAGGAAUGCCUUCACUACAGAGACUGUCGCUGCCAUUGUGACGGGAGCUGGCAGUGCCCUGCUCAACGGGCCCAGAACAUUUGUUUCAACAAUAAUGCUGACCGCUCAUGUUCCAUGUGCCAGGCCAGUGAUGGCAACGUCUACCAGCCUAACAGCAAGUUUCAGUUCACACAAGACUGCAUCCAGUACAGCUGUGACUGCUUCUGUAACGGAAGUUGGAACUGCCCCGCCCAGAAAAGCAGAUGGGUGUGUACCGACAAAUGCCUUCAGUGCGAUGUAAAAGGCAGGAAAGUUCAGAACGACACAGUCUUCACCCAUAAAACCGGCUGUUUAGAAUACACGUGUAAUUGUUUCUGUAACGGAAGCUGGUCAUGUCCAGGAAACACCGUGAGAAACACCUGCCCUGUAGGUGUCAAUGAUAACUGCAAUAAAUGUAUAGUUGGUUCGGAAGAAUACAUCGGGGAGACCGAUUUUGUGUUACGUAAGGACUGCCUACACUAUAAAUGUCGAUGCAACUGUGAUGGAAGCUACUCGUGUCCAGGUAAAGAUGCUAGAAAUGUGUGUCGUGGGGAGACACUCGGGGGCUGCAGAAGCUGCGUCGUCUCCGACUCGGAAUACUACAAAGGGGAGACAAGUUUCAACCUCAGGAAAGACUGCAUUAAUUUUAGCUGUAGGUGUAACUGCGAUGGUAGCUGGAGCUGUCCCUCGGAGUUGGCGAGGGAUGUUUGCUUGGGAGAGGUUCCUGGAGGCUGCCGAGUCUGUAGGGUAUCAGAGUCUGAACGCCACGCUGCCAAUUCAGUUUUUGACUUGAGAAAAGGUUGCAUCAACUAUCGCUGUAAGUGUAAGUGUGAUGGCAGCUGGAGUUGCCCUGGAGAAGACGCAAGGGAUAUUUGUAAAGGGGAAGUCCCAGGUGGUUGUCGCUCUUGUGUCAUCUCUGAGAAUGAGUUUUACCCAGGAAAUUCCAACUUUGAAAUGGUCAAGAACUGUAUGCAUUACAAAUGUCGAUGCAACUGUGACGGAAGCUAUAACUGUCCAGGUAAACAUACCAGGAGGGUUUGUAAAGCUGAGGGAGACGUUGGGAGGCCUACUUGCAGGACAUGUAAAAUAUCAGAGUCUGAGCAGUUCAACGGCAACUCCACUUUUUACUUAGAAAGAAGUUGUAAUAGAUACGAGUGUACGUGCAACUGCGAUGGCAGCUGGGCAUGCCCUGCCUCAAAAACACGUGACAUUUGCAACAGAGCCUCCGCGGCCACGCAGUGCAAACCUUGCAAGAUCGGGACCGAAGUUUAUCCCGGGAACUCGGCCUUUAAGUUUACACGCCGCUGUAAUCAGUUUGAUUGCACCUGUGCAUGCAAUGGACGCUGGUCUUGUGACCACAAGAGACCUGUCAACAUUUGCGCCUCUACGGACGACUCAUCCAAAACUCUCAAAUUUAGCGCCAGCAAUGUGCAGCCUAGGCAGAGUAUCUCUUCGUCUAUUGAUGCUUCUGGCCAUUCAGUUCAAAGCGGGGUUUCCAACACGGAGACAGACAUCCGAUCACAACAGAGAGAGAGAGCCCUGUACGCUGAGACCACACCAAGACCCGCUGAGUUCAGCAACUGCAGACAGUGUGUCGUAGAGGGGAAAGUCAUUCGACAAAAUGUGCCUUUUUCUUUCGCCCGAGGCUGCAUUCAUUACCGCAACUGUUUAUGCAACUGUAAUGGAUCAUGGCAAUGCGAGGAGGAAACGGACACAUGUUUUGGCGGUGCCUCGCAAAGAGACAGAAAUGUCAACCCGUCAAGAAAGAACACUGUAGAGAUUGAUUCAUCAGCCUGGGUCUACGUGGACGGAAAAGACUCGUCAUACGUUAAAAGUACAGAUGAUAGAACCGGGGGAGGAUACGCCGUACAAAUAGACGCCAAGUAUAGACCAGUGGAGGCACCGGAAGCCAGCCCGUAUGAUAGACACGGUCAGCUAGAUUCCAGGUCAACCGUCGUCACUUCCGGCGCUUCACCGCAAAGAAGCUCCUCCUACUCAGUCUCUCACUCGUACACCAGGGAAGAAAGCGAGGAUAGAAGCCAGUGCCAGAAUUGUGAGGUUGAUUCGAAGACUUAUCGUGCUGGCGCCCUUUUUGAUAUGCACCGAGAGUGCGUCAUCUACAAGUGCACAUGUUUAUGCAAUGGUAACUACCGGUGCAGGCUGACCUCUGACAACACUUGCACUUCUGAGAAAAAACAGUCGUCUUGCGGUAACUGCGUCUUCAAAGGCUUGGUAUUUCCAGGCAACAGAGGCUUUACAGUCAGGGACGGAUGCUUCGAGAAAGAGUGCCAAUGCAAGUGUGACGGAACCCAUGAAUGCCAUAAAUCCUCUCCCAUCGAUCCAUGCACACCAGAGUCUCCCCAAUCUGCUAUGUUCCCUGGAUACUUGCCCAUGUUACCUCCGGGAUUCAUCAGCCAGACAGGGAACGUCCUAUACACAAGUUCCUGCACAAACUGCGGCAGUGGUGGAAAUGGCGACAGCGGGUUUGCUCUAGUUCCUAUUCCUGGAUAUAGACCAGGUAGAGAAUGUUCUGGUUGUUUCAUUGAAGGCAUUCAGAGAGCUGGUAAUGCCACAUUCUCGUUUGUCAAAGAUUGCACCGAAUUUAAUUGCUACUGCGCAUGCGGCGGGUCUUGGAAGUGCUCAGGGGUUCAGUCAUUGACAUGUUCAACGGGCUAUGAAGCUCGCACCAAUCCACACGAGUCGGGAUGCAGGACGUGCAACGUGAAGGGAACGGAAUAUCCCGGAAAUGCCCGAUUCACCCUCCUGGAAGGCUGCAACGAAUACCAAUGCUCUUGUAGUUGUAGUGGCCAUUGGUCCUGUCCCCAGCAACAGCCUGUUAACAUAUGCCCCCAGGAGCCCAGGAGGGGAAGAGAGCUUGACCCGUUGACUGCACGUGAAGAUCCGUAUGCUGCAGACCAAGGGGUGGAAAGACGAAGCUACCAGGCGCUUGGAGAACUAAGACAAUCCGAUAAUAAUGACAAUGUCAAAUCAACUAAAGAAAGCAAUUGUUUCCAGUGCAAAGUUCAAGGUGAGACUUAUCCACCGAAUUCCAAAUUUGUCCACAGAGAUGGCUGCCUUCAAAGAGUCUGCGAUUGUCACUGCGAUAGCUCGUGGUCAUGCCCGAAUGACGAGAUAGUUGACAUUUGUAAAGCGGAGGCAGCUGAGAAAGCCAAGAGUCGUUGUCGGGACUGUAGGAUUCAGGACGAAGUAUUCACCUCUGAAAACGAUUUCCAAUGGAACGCUGGCUGUUACCAGUACAGUUGCCAUUGUUUCUGCAACGGAUCGUUUGUCUGCCCCGCGGAGACUGCCCGCAAUACUUGCUCAGCGCGCGCAGUGGACUCGAGGUCUUCACUGGCCCAAUCGUCUUCCUCCUCAGCUUCGGCUAGAGUCAGUGUCGGUGACGCACCGCCAAGCCCGCGUCUUCAGUCCACGGUUCUGGCCAUUGCCAGGAGCGAGUUCAUCAAUGAGGCCAGUUUCCCAGGAUGCAAACAGUGUGACGUGGACGGGCAGAAAGUCGCGCCCCUGUCGACCUUCAUUCGACAACUGGGAUGCUACGAGACAGUAUGCAACUGUCUGUGUAACGGUACUCCGUCGUGUCCUCAAAGCUCCUCUGUCAACACUUGUUUUUUACCGGACAAGAAGCCAAUGAAUGAAAGAAAAGGCUGUACAGUUGGGAACAGAACAUUUCUGACACGAGUUUUCCCACUGACCGAGAACUGCCGUGAGAGGACGUGUGUCUGCCAUGACGACGGGACGUACAACUGUUUGACGUCUGCCGAGGACAGGAAAGUCUGUUGAAUGAAGCAAUAGCCGCUCAUUAUGACGUUGGAUCCGAGUCUUGACUGAGAACGAAUGGGAUGUUACGUAAAUUAAAUUGUUGUUCCAUGAUGUUUAUGUAAAUAUUUGAGCUUUCAACUCGUGGUAUUUGUGUUCAUGAGUGUUAAUAAGAAUUACUUCCCUUAGCAUUUUUUUUUUAUAAACUAGUAGCCUAGUAAUUAUGAUUGAUAGUGCAACUGUAAAAAGUUGUAUAAUAGCAACUGAAAAGGAAAAAUAUUGAGAUAUAAAACAGGUGUUAAAUUUUUGCGUAAUUUUACUCAGUAACCAUUUUGUAUUAGUCGAUAUUAAAUUAUUUUUCUGUCAUAAAGAUUGUACCUGCGCUUGAAUUUAUUUUUGUCAAUGCACUGAUACAAUCGGAUGUCAUACUCAACCUAGGAGGGGAGGGCUGGGGGCAUGAUCAUUCUCUUGAACCCGGGCACAAUGGUAUUUUGAUGCGCUACCACUACAAACCACUUUUUU